CAUGUCCCGGAUGUUGCUCGCACCGGAAGAGAAGGGGCCGCUCUCCCAGCCAUCUUGUGGCAGCAUCCAGCGAGAGUAGCUCGCAUCACGCUUCGUCGAAUCGGAGGUGAAUCCAGCUGAAGGGGCGCCAUCAUGCCCGGGCACCUGCAAGAAGGCUUCGGCUGUGUCGUGACCAACCGGUUCGACCAGUUACCGGACGACGAGUCUGACCCGUCCGAGAUCCUAAAAGCGGCUGAAAACAAGAAGAAGGAGGGGGCCGCUGCUGGCUCCGCUAAGACCGCGGCUCAAGCCGCCAAGCAGCCCAAGAAGGAGUCACAGAAGGACAGGAAGAAUCCUCUACUGGACAAGAAGGAGGAGUCCCAGCCUCCGGUGCCCCUGAAGAAAGAAGGUAUCCGGCGAGUGGGUCGAAGGCCGGAGCAGCAGGGUCACCAGGGUUCACAGCACCAGGGGGGCCAAGGUGAUGGGCGAUCUGGAGACAAGAGGCCGGACCGAAGACCUCCUCGUGAGCGCCGCUUUGAGAAGCCCGCUGAGGAGAAGCCAGAAGGAGGUGCUGAGUUCUCUGCUGACAAGCCGUCUGGUGACCGACCGCCAAGAGGGCGUGGUGGAGGCCGAGGUGGGCGAGGCGGACGAGGGCGGGGCAUGGGAAGAGGAGAUGGUUUUGACUCCCGUGGCAAACGAGAUUUUGACAGACACAGCAGCAGUGACAAAUCGAAUCAGAAAAGUGAGGAGAAGCGUGGUGGCAGCGGCUCGCACAACUGGGGCAAUGUGAAGGAGGAAGCCAGCGAGGCUGAACCGACGCCUCCUGCUGAGACAACCCCAGAGGGAGAGGAAACUGCACCUGCCGGCUCUGAGAACAAGGAGAAUGAGGUGGAAGAAGUGAAAAACGAAGGCCCCCGAGAGAUGACGCUGGACGAGUGGAAGGCUAUGCAGGACAAGGAGCGCACCAAGGUGGAGUUCAACAUCCGAAAGGCCAACGAGGGCGCUGAUAGCCAGUGGAAGAAAGGAUACGUGCUGCACAAGUCUAAGAGUGAAGAUAGGCCUGUCGGAGCUUUGAUUGAUGCCACGGAGGCGGAAGUAGACCCACAACCUCUGUUCCACAAGGGCAACGCUGACGAAUCUGCUGAACACCACUUUCGUAAACCGGCCAACGACAUCACAUCCCAGCUGGAGAUCAACUUCGGAGACCUGGGCCGCCCCGGUCGUGGACGUGGGGGCUCCCGUGGGGGCAGGGGAGGCCGCGGCGGGGGAGGCAGCAGGCCGGCGCGUGGCGGAGGGCGCUCUGAAAAGGCAGGUGGCGUGUCAGUCCCCAACGUGGAUGACCCCGAGGCCUUCCCCGCCCUGGCCUGAAGGCUCCUUUGCCACCACCAGCCUGCCCCGAGCCACCCUGCCGCCCCUCCUCCAGGAGGCCUGCAUGCUUAAUACAUUCUGAAAUAUCUAAGAAAUCCAAAAAAAAACAAACAAAAAAAAAGAUUUUAAUGACAAAAAAGGACAGUCAUCCCAUACCACUCGCGCCACCAGAGGACUCAAAUUUUACCUGUUUUAAAGGAGGACAAAAGACAAGGUGGGAAAAGGACCUCUUGUUACACUGACGUUUUUGUAUUUUGAAACAUGAAAGCAGGGAUGUUUUCAUUCAUUUAUUUCAGAGAUUAUGCAUAAUUCAUUGCGUUUGUGCUGCUUGAGAUUAUGCAUUUUCUGCCAUUUUUAGCUUUCAGGUGCGUCUCUUCCGACAGCUUUCAACUCAGUAUUACGGGGGUCCUUGAAGACUCUCAACUGGAGUGCUUUUUUCCUCCCCACCCCACCCAGCCCCACACACCCCCUCUCCCAACGCCCCUGUGAAAUACACACUGAUGUGGUAGCGCUACACUACAUAUGUUUUCGAUAUCUAACGUAUGACUUGACAUACAUUUUAAAAGUGUAAUUAUCCUGACUUAGCCCAUCUCUAUUUGAGAGGCACAAAAUGAGAAUGGGUAACCAGGCAACAGCAUCACAAAAAAAAAGCUUGGUAUUUUUCUGCUUGUUGUGCAGUGAAAGUAAAUGCCUCUUUUCCCUUUUUUUUCAUAGUUUGCCUUUUUUUGGUGGACCAGUGGUUAGUAAUGCUUUGUAUCCCCUGAUUCAGGUGUGCCGCCUGUUGUUUGCAGGGUGUGUAUCUUUUAGGCUGGUCCUUUUUAGCUCAUGCAGACUACUUGUAACUUCAGGACCACUGAGGAAAUGUUUUGUUUUGUUUGAGGAUGUAUGUGUGUGUGUGUGUGUGUGUGUGGAAAUGUAUGCGAGUGAAUGCGGAACUGUGACAGCUAGUUACUUAGACAGUAAGUAUUCAGACAGCAAGUCCCUCCCUACCUACAGUAAUUUAAAGUAUCUCUUGAGAAGUCAUUGUGGAAGAUGCGAGACUGCAGACAUAUCUUUGGAGUUUCUGUAAUGUCCGCCCCAUCUCCAAAAACGGCACUUCGUCAGCUCCCCCACUCAUUUCUGUAGACCAUAUUUGCUGUGUAUUUUUAUUUGUAUUUUGAUGAGUGCAUAAGAAAUGUCGGCUGUCAUUGUGGAACAAUCAAGAGCUACAGAAUGGAAUGUAAACUCACGUUGAGCCAACUGUGUCAGCAUCCUCAGCGAGCGUCCUAUUUUAAUGGAGGGGAGGGAGUAAACGGUAGCAAAGUUGAGAGUACUUUUAAAGCUGUAAAUGCUGUGCUCUGCAGAGACUUGCUGAUGAUGCGCUGGCACAGAUGGUUGAAGCAGGUUGUGUUUUUUUUUUUCUCGUAGGACUGUUUGAGCCACAUGACGUUAAAACUCUCUGCGAACAUCCCUGUUCUAAUAAAUUGCUUUAGAGGUGUUAGGUGUACUCUCA